AUGCGCGCUGGCUAUGAUCCGCCCUCUCGUGGAAAUGACUACGUGCCUAGCCCUAAUGACAUAAUGAUCCGGCACGAACGCAAACAGAGGAAUGAAGAAACCAGGCUCUGGUCACAGACAGUCCAGGGUGCGGCUGACAUUGAGGCGGAUGAUGAUGAUGCUACAAGCAAUACCGCAGAUUAUCCCCUCCGCCCAGAGGAUUAUUUCAGCCUCGGCUUCCACCGCACCAUUCAUUCCAUUCCAGGGCCUGGUGUUAUGAUUCAUGAGAGUAGCGAUGAUGGUAUGAUUAGCGAGGAUGAGACGGGUUGGAGCACAGCCUCCGACUCUCUUCCUGCUAUUCCUGAUGAGCAUAGAGUGGACAAUUUCUCGACAGCCGGUGCUGAUCCUUCGUGGAAAUCGACUGCCAGUUCGAGUCAACCCUCGCAAAUCCUUCCUGGGCGGGAUACUCUACAUGAUAAUAUGCACAGAGAGGCUUCAGUACAGCCAGAAAGCUCCUACGCGGCCAUGGCAGCGUUUCAAAGGCGUGCGGAAGAACUUGAUACCGCAUCGAUCACAGCAACCAUUGACAAUGACAGUGUCAACAAUGUCAUACUCCAAUUGGAGCAGUCAUUGAACAUCACUAAUACCUUUAAAGAGCUAAGCACGGCCCGUAGCCAUUUGAUGCAUGGUGUCUACCAGGAAUCCCCGAUCCCAACAAAUCAAGCACCUGAUCCCUUUUUUGGGAGGGCCACCGAUACGACCCAACAGGCCGACGUGGAAGGGGAACCUAGUAGCGGUAACUCAUUCCGCCAGUCAAAUGAGCUUAUCCGCUCUCCAAGUUUAGAUGACAUGUUAUCGCCGAUGAGCGAACAAAUUGUUUUGCCCAAAGUGCAGACCUCUCCUCCAAGAACCCGCAGUCAAAGUCAAAGCGAGAUGCCUUGGUCUGCCACACAUGGUGGUGCACACUCCAGCAAUAUCAAGCUCGAGAUGGAUGCCGAACCCUCACCUGGCAGCAUUGCACCCGGAAUCGAGAAGUGGCGGACUGAUGAGAAUGAUAAACUCGAGGUGGCCGAGGAGAAAGGAUUCGUAAAGGAGCUUUCAAGAGUCUUACCGAAGCCCACGCUAGAAGGGUUCGAGGCGCAUAUCGCACAGAUCAACCCGCGGAUGACGGCUAUUUUGAUCCACCGGUUCACACAAGAGCAGCUUCUUCGGUACCGCAAGCUUAUUGAGCGCCAACAGCAACACAUGGCCGCUGUCGAAAAGGGAUCCUGCAAGUCGGGCGAGCUCUGUUUCGGCUCAGGGGGUCAAGCGUUGCUAUUGACAAGACGCAAGGGUACCACUGACGUGUGGAAUGACCAUAACCAUGAUCAGUCAUAUCUCCCAAACGAAGGGGCCAUUUCACCCGAUCAAUUUCCUGGUAAUAUCCCCUUACCGCCCGUUAGUAAACUACCGGCCGUCUUUGAGUGUCCAAUCUGUUUCCAAGUAAAGACGAUCCAUAAACCAUCUGAUUGGUCUAGGCACAUCCUAGAAGAUUUACAGCUAUACAUGUGCACAUUUCCGGAUUGUACUGGGCCUUGGUUCUUUAAACGGAAAGCAAGCUGGGUUCGCCAUGAAAGUGAGCGACAUCGGCGCCUCCGGUGGUGGACCUGUUCGUAUCCAGGUUGCAUCUACACUUGCACCCGCAGGUCCGCUUUCAUCCACCAUGUCCUACGCGAGCAUGAUAUGCUCGAGCCCAAGGGAUCUGUACCCGAUAGUGGUGCCUCGAAGGAGGUUGAUCGUUUAUCAAAGUUGGUCGAGGAAUGCAAACACGAGACGAGUAGCACCUUGGUGAACGAACCCUGUCGGUUCUGUGGAAACAUCUUUCCCACCUGGAAGAAGCUAACUGGGCACCUGGGAAUGCAUAUGGAGCAGUUGGCUCUGCCUGUUCUGGAGCUUGUGCAACAGGCCUGCGCCUCAGCGAGCUAG